AUGGCUCAGACUGCGACAGAAGCACGCCUGCGCGAGAGGCGUAACCCCGUUCCCCUCUUGCUCUCGUCCUUCCCUGUCCCACCGUCCCAUAUUCCUGCCCACCCAUUUCCACCCAUCACUAAUGUCAACCCUCCACCAAGUCUACCCCCUUCUUCCCCACUCCCACCUGUUCCCGGUCCUUCCCCCAUCACAGAGCAGGAAACGCUUAGCUUCAUCUCCGCUGCUCGUUCACGUCGCACCUCUAAGCUCUCCCUCGCGUCCUCAACCUAUUCCCUUCGCGAUUCGACCGCUACUAUCGCGAGCAACGCCAGCGGCAGCAACUGCAGCCUUCCUUCUCUCUCUCCCUCCGUCAGCAUCACUCCCCAUGACUCCUCCCGCUCCCUCCGCUCCUUCCCCUCCAGUGGCUCCCUCUGUAUACCCAGUACUUCUAGGUUUGCCGAUAUCUCCCCCGUAAUACAACCUCGCAUAUGUGAGGAGGAUCCCGCAGAGCUCACUCGCUUGUCCCUCGACGAGAUCUCCAUCCCAGCCUCGAUUCCAGAUCCCGACCUCAGCGAUAACGAAAAGCUUCUCGAGUUUGGCGUGCUCCCAUCGCGUCGCCUCUCACAAUCCAGGCUCAACACUGAUCGCGACCUCGAACCGCCGGUAUCCGCUCCCGCUACCCUCGCCACGUAUCGUCAGCCGUGUCCCGACCUCCGGAAGCAUCAUCUCGACAAAGACCUUCCGCCUCUGCCGUCUUUCGACCCACCACGAUCCGCCCCAGCGUUCCCUUCACGUGCAAAGCGUUCAGACAGCCCCGAUAUCGGCGACAUCAUCGCCGCCACCCCUCGCCCGCGACGCAAGUCCGCAUCCGCCAGUCUCCGCUCACGCUCCAGGUCGCACGCCGCCCUCAAGCGAUGCGGUAGCGACGGCAUCUCCGCGUUCCACAGGAGCUCUGGCAGCUCCAGGACCAGCCGGACAUCCCUCGCCCAGCGCUCGCGUCCUGCGUCUCCCACUGAGCUCGCGUAUCUACGCGAUGCAGCGGACUAUGCGCGGAAUGACGAUUCCUUCGUGUCGGAUUACGGAGUACAGCUAGAUGCCACGGGCACUCCGUUGGAUAUGUUGGACAGGAAUGAGGAGGAACGGUUGGACAGGGAACUUGACGGGGAUGGGAGCGAUACGGAUUCCAGCUUGGACGUCCACACACCGCUACCGAAUCUGAUGCUAAGAGAUGGUCUCUUGUCGCCCAACUCGAAACUCCUGCCGCAAUCGUCCCGCGCGUCGUCUCCGGUGCCCGGUGGGCGGCCUGGCAGUCGGUUCAGCGUAGUCAGCGACGCGUCAGUGAUGACAAAAUCUGGUCUGUACAAGGACCAACGCGACACUGUACAACGGCGCAUUCGACAUCGCGACGGUAGGCUGCUCCGCGGCGGUAUCGGGCUCACGACAGGACUCGGCUGGAGCGAUAGCGAGGAUGAGGAUGCACCGUCGCCGCUGACCAGUCAGCUCCUGUCAAGUGCGCACUCGAGGAAGUCGCUCCCAAAGUCCUUUACUAUUCCAUCUCGCCCUUCCUCGCACCUCGCGCGUUCCGUCAGUGCCCCCAUAUCAGAACCUCGCUCGACAUACGAUCCGGUCUCUGAACCGCUGCCCGUUAAGCCGCGUUCGCCCUCGACGUCGCUCCAGCGGAGAGAACCUUACGGCGUCGAUCGCCGGAUAAGCACAAGUAGCUCCGCGUCAAGUGCAUCCUCGGCGUUCGGUAUGCAGUCGCGCACGUCGAUGUCCUCGCUGCGGUCCGCCCCGUCGUUAGGCCGGAUCAAGGUUCCUGUCCCACUGGACCACAUUAACGAGCGGGAAGAGUCGAACAUCGACAUGUCGUCGUCAUCCAACGCCAGCUCGCCUCUGCCUGUCACGCCCGUAGGCUCCGAGGACGGAACGCAGACGCCGCGCAAGUCGCUCUCAGACGUCCGCAUACGUACACAAUCGGGUUCGAGGACACCGAACCCCCCAUCGUCUUUCACAAACCAGAAGGCAGUGCCUCGCCCUCUGCGGCUCCCGCAGGUCCAUAAUUCGGCUCAGUCAUCGCAGGACGGAGGCACACGUUCAUCCUUGUCGUCCAGCACCCGUGGUCACACAGGUAGCCUCGGCAGCGCGCAGAGCACCGAGCGACCGCGCACCUACUCGGGCGGACUCCAGCCUCCUCGGACACCCUCGACACCGCGAUCCCCCCCUCAGUCGGCUCUCUCCUAUGCACAAAGAGGGCUGGUCGCUCAGCCUUCUGCAUCUCCGCGUUUAUCGCCCGCGAAGCCCGAGCUCGUUUCGCAGGCGAUCAAGCCGAAACCGCGCACAGGCACCGGCAUGGUGUAUCGCACGACGUCAAAUAAAGACCUCCGCCCGAGUUUAAUGCGCAUGCCGAGCUCGCCCAUGAUCAGGACGUCGUAG